AUGUUUCGUAAAGAUUUCAAAGCAAAAGGGCACACACAAGUUAAAUCGUCCGAUCGGAAAAAAUUACGUCAACAAAUUCAACAACUCUAUCCAGCACUAAAUGAUGAUAUACUUUCGUUGAUUAUUCCAACUGGUAAAGGCGAAGAUUUUACAUCAUGUAAAAUAUCGCUAAGUACCGGCGAUGAUAUAUUAGUUUAUUCAACAAACAAAACGCCAUGGUUUUUCGUUGUCGAAGACACAAAAAGUAAAACUGAACGUAUUCUCCCUACGGUUUAUCUCUUAUGGAAAUGUCCCGAUUUAUUACCGUUAAAAUUUCAUACACAUAGACAUGUAUUUAAUAAAUUAAUGAAUGGUGCUGAUCUCAUGUUGCCUGGCCUAAUUCUUCCACCAGGUAGUGUUAUCCCGCAAACAUUUCGGCAUGUUCAACGAGAUCAACUUUGUUCGAUAUGUUUGGAUGACAAUCGUUAUCCGAUUGGUAUCGGUCAAACAACUAUGGAUGGUGAUGAUAUGUAUAUGAGCGGAAUGAAAGGACGAGGUAUUGCACUGCUACAUAUUUAUCAAGAUACUCUUUGGAAUUUCGGACCACGUACUGAAGGACCCUACGAAAAAGAACAACGACAAUACUUUGAGACGGAUCAAACAAAAGUUGAAGAAAAUGUUGAACCAGCAUGUGCGGAAGCGUCCAAUGCUAUUAGUUCGCUGAAUUUAGAUGAGGAAUCAGCAUUAGUUACAAAUUCUGAUGAACCUCCGACUCAUCCUGAAUCGAUGGACGAAAUACUCGAUACAAUAUUUUUCUAUCUAUGCCAACGUAAAGCUAAAUCAUAUGAAUUGCCACUGUUAGCAUCCCAUUUCUAUACAAUAAUGCAAGAUUGUGUACCAGGUUUAACACUCGAUCUUAAAUUAAGUUCACAUAAAAAGUUUUCGAAAUUUCUACAACAUCAACAACAAAUCAAUAGUCUUAUUGCAAUUGAAGAAACCAAACCAGGUGUACUGGCUAUAAGUUCAUUUAAUUUAACGAAAAAUGAACAGUUAGAUAGUUUCCGUACGCCUUCAUGGCUUAAAAACUAUCUAAGUAAAGCAUCCGAUACAGCUGCUGCAGCCGCAGUAGCAACUGAAUCAGAGCGUUCGACGACGAAAUAUAUAUUUCCUGACAUAGCUGAAUUAUGGAAGACCAAUUCACGUGUUAAUGAAAUCUUAGAUUGCUCAUCGUCAACACAUUAUCUUCGUCCCGAUGAAAUUCGACAAGCAGUUCGAGCCUAUGUGAUACGAAAUAAUUUAAAUAGUGAAAAACAAGUCAAAUUAGAUCCGAUUCUUAGUCGGCUGUUUAAAACAAAAGAUACACCGUCAACAUCCAUCGGAUGGAAUGAACUUAAUAAUGCUGUUUUCAAUGCCAUGUCAUCAUGUACUGAAGUAGCAUUUGCUCAUCUUGAACAACCGAUUCGUAUUAAUGGUCACAUCCCACCUAUUGAGAUUGAGUGUGUUGAUCGAAAUCGAAAACGACAAACGUUUAUACGUUAUUUAGAUACAUAUCAAAUUGAUUUAAGCGAAUUAUGUAAACGUAUUAGGCAAGGUGCGUCAGUAAGUGCUGUUAUUAAUGAAACGGAUGAAACACGACGAACCGGUCGAAUAGUUAUGGCACAAGGCAAUCAAAUUUCAUUUGUUAUUCGUGUACUAAAAGAAGAUUAUGGGGUUCCUGGAAAAUUUAUCAAAGAAAUAUGA